AUGGUGUGGUGCAUUCGCUUCUCUCAGGAGCCCGCCGACCAGUCAGUGGUGCUGGGAGAACGGGUGGUGCUGUCCUGCGUGAUCUUCAACUACAGCGGCAUCGUACAGUGGACCAAAGACGGCCUGGCCCUCGGCAUCGGAGAGGGUCUGCGAGCCUGGCCCAGGUACCGUGUGCUUCGUGCUCUGGAUAUCGGCCAGUACAACCUGGAGAUCUCCUACUCUGAGCUGUCUGAUGACUCUCUGUACGAGUGUCAGGCCACAGAGGCCGCGCUGCGCUCCAGGAGAGCCAAACUCAACGUGCUCAUCCCCCCUGAGGACCCGGUGGUCGAUGGGUCCCCUGAGCUCCUGCUGAUGGCCGGGACGCCGUACAACCUGACCUGUGUGACCCGCGGGGCCAAGCCUGCAGCGCACAUCCAGUGGACCAAGGAUGGAGUCUUAAUAGAUGGGGCCUACCAGUCAACGGAGGUGCUCCCAGACAGGAAGAGGGUAACGACCAGGAGCUACCUUCCCAUCACACCAGCCGACACUGACAGCAGCCGCAACUUCACCUGUGUGGCCAGCAACCCUGCGGUGCCGAUGGGGAAACGAGCCACUGUUACUCUCAACGUCCACCACCCUCCCAUGGUGACGCUGUCCAUUGAGCCUCGGUCCGUCCUGGAGGGUGAAAGAGUCUCCUUUACUUGCCAGGCCUCUGCCAACCCUCCCAUCAUGGGCUACAGGUGGGCGAAAGGUGGCGUGCUUCUGGAGGGGGCCAGAGAGAGCAUGUUUGUCACCACAGCAGAUCACUCCUUCUUCACUGAGCCUGUGUCCUGUCAAGUCUUCAACGCUGUGGGAAGCACCAACGUCAGCAUCCUCGUAGAUGUGCACUUCGGCCCAAUCCUGGUGGUGGAGCCCAGGCCGGUCACCGUCGACGUGGACUCCGACGUCACGCUGAACUGCAAGUGGUCUGGCAACCCGCCGCUCACCCUCACCUGGACCAAGAAGGGCUCCAACAUGGUGCUCAGCAACAACAACCAGCUGUAUCUGAAGUCAGUGAGCCAGUCUGAUGCAGGCCAGUACGUCUGUAAGGCCAUCGUGCCCCGGAUUGGAGUGGGAGAGACUGAGGUCACACUUACAGUCAACGGCCCUCCCAUCAUCUCCAGCGAUCCGGUCCAGUAUGCUGUCAGAGGCGAGAGAGGAGAGAUCAAGUGUUACAUCGCCAGCACGCCCCCGCCUGAUAAGAUUGUCUGGGCGUGGAAGGAGAACGUGUGGGAGAAGGAGAAGGGCACCCUGAUGGAGAGGUACACGGUGGAGCAGAGUAAACCUCCAUCACAGGGCGGGGCCGUGCUCUCCACCCUCACCAUCAACAACGUCAUGGAGUCAGACUUCCACUCGCCUUAUAACUGUACCGCCUGGAACUCCUUCGGACCCGGGACCAUGAUCAUCACCCUGGAGGAGACGGAUAUUGUUCCGGUGGGAAUCAUCGCCGGUGGUACGGUGGGCUCCUCCAUUCUGCUGCUCAUGUUCCUGCUGGCGCUCGCCUUCUUCCUCUACCGCCAACGCAAAGGCAGCCGUCGGGGUGUCACCCUGGGUAAACCAGACAUCAAGGUAGAGACAGUCAACAAAGAGACCCACAGCCUUGAGGAGGAGGCGGCUGACGUCUCCACAGCAACCCGCAUGGUCAAGGCCAUGUACUCCCCGUUCAAAGACGACAUGGACCUGAAGCAGGACGUGCGGAGCGAGGGCGACACCAGGGAGGAGUACGAGCUCAAGGAUCCAACCAAUGGUUACUACAACGUCAGAGCCACCACCCACGAUGAGGCACGCCCCCAGUCCCGUGCCAUCCACUACCAGGGAGAGUUUCGUUCCCCGAACUCAAACAGCGGACCAGCCGGUGCAACUUCCAGUGGACCUCCAGCUGCUGCCAGCGGUGCCGUCCCCCCUAGUGGAGUGCCAGGAUCUAGAGCAGGCUGCUAUGACCCCCGCCCUCCUUCAAGGAUGUCCCACGCCACCUACGCCCAGUUCAACACCUUCACCAGGGUGGCACAGAGCCAGCAAGCACCUCCUAAUCCAGCUCUUCAGUCACCUGGAGAUUACCCUGGAGACUGCGGGCUGCUGGACAGCAACACCCAGCUGGCCUAUGACAACUAUGGAUACCCCUCCCAGUAUCCCAGCUACCGUAUGGGCUUUGCUCCACCCAUAGAGGAAGGACCAGCAUAUGAGAUGUAUCCAACAGGACAAGGGCCCGGACCAGGGCAAGGACCAGGGCCAGGACCUGGGCCGGGGCCGGGUCCAGGGCCUGGACAACAGAGUCCAGAAGCAGGACUAGGGCAAUAUGGAACCUCCACUCGCUUCUCUUAUUCAUCACCACCCUCUGACUAUUCCCAAAGACACACGCAGAGGAUGCAGACUCAUGUUUGAGAAACAUACUCACACACACUCUUUGACUUGCUUUUGGUGAUAGCUGAACUUAAAAAACAUCAAACAAAAACAUAAAUAAAUAU